AUGAAGAUGAUGAACAAGGCUCCCGCCGAGACUCCUGCAAAGGUCCCCAAGGGCCCCAAAGGCACCGAGGCCAACAAUUCCAGCAAGGCCGUUCCGUCCAAAGCGUCUGCCAAGGACGUGAAGAUGGCCCACAAGGUAGGAAACGCAAAGAAUGCAGAGUCUCGAGACUUGGAAGCAACAAAACCCCUCUUCUUCUUCAAGCCAAACGAGCCAUUUGGCGAGUUCUGCCAGUGGUAUCCAGCCACGUUCACCGUCAGCAAAGCAGACAUGUCGGCGAUCGUGGGCCACCCCAUCGACCCGGACGAUCCGGAGGGCUGGAUGCCCAUCUACUUCCACUGUGCGGAGCAGUAUAUGAUGUACUGCAAAGCCGGCUGCUUCCACGACACCGAGACGCAGAAGCGCAUCCUGGCGACCGACGACGCCAAAGAGCAAAAACGCCUCGGCCGUGCCACGCGCGGCUUCGAUGCGGCCGUGUGGGACACGAACAAGAGCGACGUCGUCGUGCUGGGCAAUGUGUGCAAGUUUGGGCAGAACAAGGACCUGCGCAAGCUGUUGCUGGACACGGGUACGCGCCUCCUGGCUGAGGCGGCAUCGCAGGACCGCGUCUGGGGCAUUGGGUUUACGGCCAGGGAGGCCAGCACGCACAAGGACCAGUCCCGGUGGGGCGAGAACCGCCUGGGAAAGGCGCUGAUGAAGGCGCGGGAGACGCUGGCCAACGAGGCUGCUGAUGAGCAAGAACGUCAAGAUGUGUCAUGA